UGAAUGUUGAGUCCUGUAGAGCCAAUGAGCUGGGACCGGAUACGAUAUAUCCUCUGGGACAACAGCUACUCUGUUCACCCCCUUCACUUCCACAUGACGCCAUUUACAGCAUAAACCCGACCUCCUCUCCGGAAAGAAGAAAAAAACAAGAGCUGAAAAACUUGAAAGCAGCACAGUGUGUGCCAUGCAGCCAAACAUUCAACUUGGGAACCGCAACGCUUCUUCUUGAAAAAGUCUUCAGCGUUUUCAUUUUUAUUUCUCUAUAAACUCAGCUCAUUUUGUUGGAUUCUGGAACUUAUUUUCUUUUUGGCAUAAUUUGCGGUUUAACAACAUAAGUUAAACUACACUACGGUCUGCUUGGAUUUAAAUUCUGACCUUAUUGUUUCGCGCGAGUUGCGCGAGAAAAAUACGCGAAUAAGAGGACGCGCGAGUGUUUGCUAUCAUCUGGAUUUUUGUGAAUGAAUCUUCCAAUGAACUGAGGAAUAACCAAAGAGAAAUUCCUACUAGUAGGAUAUACUCUUCACAACACAAAUAGGGGGUUGAGGUGGUGAGAUCACGGACUUCAGAUGUGUUCAAUGCCAGCCGGAGGGUUCCCACUUCAGAGUAAAGAUGGAGACGAGAGCUCAAAAUGGCGGCGGCAGCGGCUCCUCUGGCUUGCUGCGAGCUUUGCGUGACAGUGGCAGACCCCAAACUGGGGACUCGGAGCCUUGGGAAGGUCAGGUGCUCUCCCUGGACCAGAUCAGGACCAUCCGCAGCAGCAAUGAGUACACGGAGGGCCCGACGGUGGCACCCCGGCCGCUGGUCUCUCAGCAGAAAGUGGACUCGCAACCUUCCAGCCUGAAUUCCAUCGCCUCCAUUGAGCUCUCCGAGCAUAGAAGCUCCCCGAGAGCCGAACGAGCCGGACAGCAGACUCCUCCACAAGUCCCUCAGUCGCCGAGGAGUGACGUGAGCAGAUCCAACAGUGGCCCCAGCGAUGGCUCGCACGGUACGGCUAGGGCGAGCACAGGUAGCACCUCAUCGGAGCAAAGACUUUUGGGAAACACAGCCGGGAUGGUCGAUCGGGUGGUGAGGGUGCAGCCUAAACGCUCCGAGCCGAAGCAGGACGAACUGAAACCCUUCGCGCCGGCCGGAGGCCAGGCCGGCGAUGGAAAGCACUCGAAUCGCUGCGAGGACUGCGGCCGCUGCAAGUGCAAAGCCUGCACCUGCCCUCGGACCCUGCCCUCCUGUUGGAUGUGCGGGCGCAGGUGCGUUUGCUCGGCGACAACUACGAUGGACUAUGUCACCUGUGUCUGCUGCGUCAAAGGUCUGUUCUACCACUGCUCCAGCGACGACGAGGAUGUGUGCGCGGACAAGCCCUUCUCUUGCAGCCAGUCGCAUUGCUGCAUGCGGUGGUCGGCCAUAAGCGUCCUGACACUUUUCUUGCCCUGCCUUCUUUGCUACCUCCCGGCGAAGGGCUGCGUGGCACUGUGCCAGGCGUGCUAUGACUGCACCAGUCGGCCAGGAUGCCGCUGCAAGAACAAAGGAGUUGAUGAGGCUCGGUUCCUGGAGUAGCCCUGGGAAGAUAACCUUAUCUGGGACUAUCUCCAGAGCAGUGGAACAAUUUUCACAAAUUGUUGUAGUUUUGGCACUGUAGACCAUGAGGUGACAUUGGAUUGGCAAAAACUGGUUUGAAGUGGUUUGUUUGUUUGUUUGUGUUUUGCUUUUCUCUCAUCCACUUUCUCUCUCUCUCUCUCUUUCACUCUUUAAGGGGGGAUAACGUUUGUCGCAACAACCUUCCCUGUCCUUUUCGUUUUAAACUGAAGUCCAGAAUGUUAGCCUUAUUGACAUUCAGUAAUAUGACUGAUAAAGGUGACAGACUCUCCUAACUAACUGUUUGUGAAUAGUAUCUGCAAAGUAUGUAAAUUAGCAAAUGAGCUCUUUUUCUGAGAGAUUUUAUUUUUGUACAUAUAAUAUUUCAACUGUGAAACACAUUGUGCCAAACCAGAGGCACCUUGACAGAUCCAUAUAUAUGAUGCAUAUAUAAAACGUGUAUAGUGUUGUACAUUCGUUUCGAAUGUACGUCAAUCACUCUUUUGAUAUUUUGCCUUAUAGAAGAGAAACCUUACAUGAAUUAUCCCUACAGCUAUACUUGUAAAUUGUACAGUGACCCUAAGAAAAACUUUAUUUUCUAAUUUCAACACAUUGUUUAGUGUAAAAAUAUUUAUUUGAAGUUUUAUUAUUUUAUAAAGUAAUAUUUAUUUUGAGAGGCAUCUUUAUAGGCAUCACCCCAACUUUGAGAAACAAAACCUCCUCUGUUGUUGCUGCAAAAAAAAAUGGUGACAAGGGUGUCAAAUCUGAUGCAUAUGUUCACUAUAAAAUAGAAAAUAUAUUAACGUUUUGAAAUUAAACAAUGCCUUUUCUGUGUUCUUUCUGGCCUGCUGUUGGCCUUGUUUUUAGCCUUUGUGCACAAAGACCCAUUACAGGAAAUCUACUGUGCUUUCAAUUGCCUUUGUUUACCCUAUGGAUCUUCUGUCAGGGUCGCAUUUCACUUUGCGUUUAUGAUGACAGCCGUGAUGUUCGCAGAGCUUCGGUUUCGAGGUCAUCUGAAAAUAAGGCGAUGAAAGCGAUAGUGUACGUUGACAAAUCAGCAAAAUAGGUGCGUUACUGAGAGAUUCUAUCGAUGAGAUCUUCCUGCACAAAAGAGAUCAAGUGAAGCUUAAUAUAGCUCACUAUAACUGCAACAUUGAGUAUUGAAUGGUGUUGACUGUUAUUUCAUGAAUGAUCUUGCUGUAGCCAUGACCAUUUGGAGACAUAAUCUUGACUGGGAAAGUGCACAACUGUAUUAGUUUGUGUUGUUCUGGUGACCAGGAAUCUCAACAGAUCUUUAGUUAUGUAAUAGUCACACUCCAUUAAGACAGCCGUGCAUAGUUAUAAUUACCAAUUAAUUAACACCAGUACAUGAAACUCCAAGUGGUUUGUCUUAUAAAACCACCCAAACAAACAGAUCUCAGAUUCCUUACAAAGAAGCCCUGAUCUUGGCCCAGACCUCCAGGGGUAACUUCCAGCCUCCCCUGCCAGCAGCGGAUACUGGCUACAUUUACUUCCAUGGGAAACAUCUGGCACUGGUUUAAUCAUUGAAGUAUGCAAACCACUAGUUGACAUCAGGAGGAUCAGAAAUUGUUUCUGUUGGCAAGCCGUAGUUUGCUACGCUCCCUCCAAUCCUCGUUUGUGUUAUGGAAACUGCCCUGUGGGAAUAUUAGGAGUAGAUAUGGUAUACGCAAGAUGCUUUAUCAAUUCUGCUUUUGAGGAAGUUUUUGCUCCCUAGAUGCUCUGCAAGUUGCAGUGCAUGCAGUUGUGUAAGGUGUGGUCUUUAACCCAUUUCUAUUAAGAAACUCAGAAAAGGAAUUUUGAUUGCUGAAACAUCAAUGAUGACUCAGUUUGCGUUUAUUUGAAUAUGGCAAAAUCGCUUCAAACUCAAUUUGAUUUUAAAGUAUGGCUCUCAAGAUUUGACAUUCCAAAUAAAGUGACAUGAAUUUGCACCAAAAUUGGUCUACAACAACUAGGGUUGCAAAAUUCUGGGAAUGUCCAAAGUUGGAAACUUUCCAUGAGAAUUAAUGGGAAUAUUUGGGAAUUAAUGUGAAUAAACUUGGAAGUUUGCAAAAUUGCAGGUUACAGGGAACUUAAAUGUAGUUCAUCUUGCAGCAUAAUCUUGAAAUUGAGUUGAAUUUCUAUCCCUGCGCAUUCCUCAAUCACAUGCAUAUAGCGCACUGUUUACUGCACGGGUUAUUGAGGAUUAAGGGAAAAAAAUGCAGAAACCAGAGGCUCAAGAGAAAAUCCUUGCAUUUCACAUUUUUAAUGGGACUUUUGGGAGGUGGGGGGUAUGUAUGGGGAAUAUGUUUUUUCAACAUGCAUUUUUUGUUGUUCAAUGAAAGAAUUAAAGGUUACUCAAAUAAAUCAAAAAUGUCAUUUUUAACAUUUGUGAUAGUUUGAAUGCAUAUCUGCUUAUGACCAAACAAAAUGUUUUUUAUUUAUGUUUAUGUUGUAUAUGAUACAGUUUGUGUAAAUUACCCCAAAUUUCCAAUUAAUUCACGUAAAUUCUCAUUAAGUUUCCAACUCUCAUUAGGUUUCUGGAAAGUUGCCGGAAAUUUACCAGACAUUUUCCACCCUAUACGCGAUUAUAUGGUUAGUUGCAUUAUUAGUGCUGCAACCCAUUUUUGGGGUAUAAACCAUCAUUUGGAAACCACUCUUCUAAACUAAAGCAGCUUAACAGUGUCAAGGUCAUGGCAUUGCUGCUAGAAUUUUUAUAGCAAAUGUGUUUAAAAUAAUAUAUUGCGAUCUUGCAAUGCAUGCACACAUUUAUGUAGCAGCGUCUUGUAUAGUCACAAUGUAAAAGGCUGUGCCUUUUUCCCAUAUUCUUCCCUGUGACAUGAUAUGCACUACUGGCAUUCGCACUGUUGGUUCAGCGUGUUGGCGCAUGUUUGUUAUUUUGCCGAGGGUUUGAGUGACAGGCAGCCAGCUUUCACCCCCUCGCUAGGGAUGAGCCCCCUUCCCCAUUUACGCGGCAAAAGGUAGAGAAACAAAACCGUCCCAAUCGCUCGAGUGCGUCGUUUUCCGGCUUGCCUCCCACCCAUUGUUUUAAGCUGUGAAUGGCAGGGCAGCGACAGGGGGUUGGUUUGCUCAAGAAAGUCCCACAAAGGGUUAAAGACAUUACUUUAAAUGACAAUGGGCCAACAGUUUACCCCCACAUUCGAACCCUUGUGUAUUCACCAUCUUUUCAAUGGCCCUCAGUUAUUUCACCGCCUCUUAAGCCUCUUCAACUACCUGCUUGGUAUUCUCACAGGGCAGCCUUUGAGUGUGUGUGUGUGUGUGUGUGUACCAGCACGCACGCGCAUGUUUCCUACUUUGCGUGCGAGUGUUUAGCAGCCGCUAAAUGUGUUGUUAUGGGUGCAGGCAGCACAAAAGAAGGAUAGAUGGGAAAAAUGACACCCUUUUGAAAGAGCUGCAAUUGCAUGCCAAGUUCAAGAGAAAUGGAGAAAUAUAGAUUUCUCCAUUGAGCAGAGAAAUGGGUCAGAUAAAGGCUGGGAGGGCUGACCUCAAUAAACAGACAACAGACGGAACGGAACUUACUUUGUCCCAAAAAUUAACACAAGUAUUAAGUGCUCUGCUAGGCCGGAUUGUCUAGUUAUCGUCAAAAGGAGUGGAUAAGACUAAUGGGAAGUUGCUUCAUUUUCUCGUUCAAGACGUUACGUACCCCUCUAUUGAUGGUUGGUAUGGUUUGAAAGGGUAUUGAUUACUUCCAUCCUCAUUCUAAAUUUAACAAUGUCAAUGAGGACAAGCUACGCAAGCAAAGAUAGAUAGCUCUGACUGGUUACCACAGGACUAAAUGUUGGGUUUGAGGUUUAACUGCAAAAAAUAAAGGCAUGUUAGAAAAUGAAGAUGAAGAAAAAAAAAAAAAACUUUGAGGUUAAUAACUGAAAUAAAAACAUCUAAAAGAACAAGAUACUUACAAAUUAGUCUUAAUAUCUUUUGUAAGACAAGUUACUGAUUAAAAAAAUGAUUCACCCAAAAACAAA